UCUAAUUAUAUUUAGAUAUUUAGCAACUGGCGAUUCGAUGCAUUCGAUGUCGUAUCAUUAUCUCGCUGGAGUAUCGACAAUAAGCAAUGUUAUACGUGAAACAUGUAAUGCUAUAUGGAACUCUAUUUGUCGGGAAGUAAUUUCACCAUCAAAAACUACAGAGGAGUGGCUACACCUUGCUACAGAAUUUGAAGAAAAAUGGGAUUUUAAUCAUUGCAUAGGAGCAAUUGACGGCAAACAUGUUAUUAUUGAGUGUCCACCUAACGCAGGAUCAUCUUAUUAUAACUAUAAGAAUAGCCAUAGUAUUGUUCUCCUUGCAAUCUGUGAUGCACAAUAUAUGUUCACGUUCGUCGAUAUAGGAGCCUAUGGUCGCCGCAGUGACGGUGGUAUUUUUAAAGAUUCAAAAAUGGGUCUGAAAUUCAAUUCAAAGGAAAUGAAUGUACCUGCACCAAAACCUCUCAGCCCAGGUGGACCGCCUUUACCAUAUGUUCUGGUUCUUGGAGAGGUUGUAUAAAUAAUAGUGCAUUUGCAGAUAUAACUCAGUGCGGUUCUAAUAAUAGUUCUCGUCGAGCAAUGCAAAUUCGAGAAGAAUUUUGCAAAUAUUUUAAUAGCGAAGGUGCCAUACCGUGGCAAUUCCAUCAUUGUUAGUUUUUAUGAUCAUUUACUAAUUGCAUAUAUGCAAUUUAAAUGAAAAUAUGUAAUAUGACAUUAAAAAUUAUAAAAUGU